UUUAUAUGAUAUAAAGGAAGUUGAGACAGUUUGCACAUAUAAAGCAUAAACUGUCCCAACUUGAUUUAUAUUAUAUUAUAAAAUAAUCCAUUCCUUAAUUGAAUAAUUUUAAAAAAUGACUAAUAUGUCGCAUUUAAUCUGGAUGAAAUGGUUUUUAUACAAUGAGUCUGAACAAAAAAGCCCAGGGAGCAAACAUGUUUUGGAUACAGUAAUAGAUGGUUAUAAUGGGUACAUGUAAAGAUUCUGUGUUGUGUGAAACUUGUUUCGCAGUCAUGUUUGUUGAUGUUCAGCGAAAUUAUGUAUUCUCUUUAGAGAAGUGGACAGGGUAUGCAAGAAUAGGAGAUUAUGGUGAUUGAACACAGCUUGGCUAGGAAGUGUAAUAAACAUGUAUUAACACAGGCAUCAAAUGAGGUUUUAUCAACAGUAGAAUUACCCUUGGGAUCUAAAUGUCACAGAAAGCCAUAUAUAUACUAAUUCACUCAUCCAGAUAUGUGUCAGCAUUUGCCCAUGCAGUGAUACCAAAGUGACCUUUAGUUAAUAUUCUUCCUAAAUCUGGUCAUUGCACUUUGCAGAAAUUAUCGAAUUGCAUCUUUGAUUAAAUCAAUUUUCAUUCAUGCAAUUGAAGAAGUUACACACACAAAGGAUUAAAUCUAUGUACAUGUAAAAUGUAAUUGUGUAAACAUAUAGCAAAUAUCCUUCUCACAGCAAUAGCAUAAAAAUUCAUUUUGGCCAAAAACAGAGAUUGUGACCCUCUGCGGUGGGUCCCAGGGAAAGAUAGAUAUCAUAACAGAUUUGAAAUGGUCCGGAAGGGGAAGUUGCAUUCUAUCAGUUGUUAAAAUUACAAAAUCUGCUUUUAUUUUGUCUAAUUUUAUAGAUCCUUAAAUAUAUGCAACAAGCAUUAUAGGAGUUUCAUGGAAGCAUGCGUUUUCCUGGAUUUCCAUAUCCUUCAAAAUUGGUCAAAGAGAAACGACAAAUAAGUAAACUGAAGAAGUUAAAGAGAAGAAUUUCUGCCAGCUUCGGACGAUUAUCACUUUCCAAAGAGGACACAAUACAAGAAAGUGAUCAAGAGUCUGAUCCAGGAUUACAAGGAACUAAUGGUUAUUCAGCCUUGGAUAAUUCUUCAUCUCCACCAAACCUAGCUCUGCAGAGGUGUAGCUACAGAGACGACUAUGUGGGACCUAAUGGCAUCAACCCUGCCAACAGACACACGGGCGGUUACCACACCCUAGGGAGGCCUGCGGUUGUUCCACGAAGCACAGCCAAGAAACAUGCUCCAGUAAAACGACAUCAUUCUGCAGGGGACAUGCUCGAUGGAUUAGAGAUUGAUUCUGGAGGAGACGGACAUAAACACGAGAGGCCCAGAUCAGAGGGCCACAAAUACAUGAACCAGUUCUCACCCAAGAGGACCUCUAGUUAUGGGGGUAACUCUCCAUUUGGACGGGCAGAUUCUUACCAAAAGCUUGAACAACUAGGUGAAGGAUCUUAUGCAACAGUAUUCAAAGGAUUUAGUUCAUUAACCAAUCAAGUGAUAGCUUUGAAAGAAAUCCGCCUACAACAGGAGGAGGGUGCCCCCUUCACUGCUAUAAGAGAAGCUUCCCUCCUGAGAGGAUUGAAGCACGCCAACAUAGUGACCUUACAUGAUAUCAUUCAUACCAAGGAAACUUUGACCUUUGUUUUUGAAUAUGUACAUACAGAUCUUAGUCAAUAUGUAGAAAAGCACCCUGGUGGUUUAAAUGCAUUUAAUAUUAAGUUAUUUUUAUUCCAAUUGCUCAGAGGGCUAAACUAUUGUCAUCAACGGAGAAUUUUACAUAGAGAUUUGAAACCUCAGAAUUUGCUAAUUAGUGAAGUAGGCGAACUGAAAUUAGCAGACUUUGGUUUAGCUCGAGCAAAGUCAAUUCCCAGUCACACCUAUUCCCAUGAAGUGGUGACACUGUGGUACCGGCCGCCAGACGUCCUGCUGGGCUCCACUAACUACUCCACGUCUCUAGACAUGUGGGGUGUUGGGUGUAUAUUCUCAGAAAUGAUCUCUGGCAGCGCAACAUUCCCAGGAAUGAAAGAUGCCUAUGAUCAACUGGAUAAAAUUUUCAGGGUGCUGGGAACCCCAUCUGAAAACACUUGGGAGGGAGUGUCUAAAUACCCUCAAUAUGACUUGAAGAAAUUUGUUAUGUACCCAAAGUUACCCUCAUUAACUGAAGCAAUUCCAAAAAUAGCCUUCAUCCCCAAUGCUGAAAGCAUUGCAGUGCAAUUCCUUCAGAUGAUUCCUUCCAGGCGAAUUUCCGCUCACAAGGCCCUGCAUCAUGAGUACUUCGGAGAUCUUCCUCCGAAAUUGUUUGAACUUCCUGAUGCUGCCUCCAUAUUUAACAUUCCUGGCCUGAGGUUGUUACCAGAAAUGGACGAACUGUUAAACCAAUCCCUGACUCCUGCCAAACCUCAGGAGCGGACCCGUAUACGUACGACUCUAAAAGUGUAGUCCUGGACCGCAGAUUGCUGUAGUAGUAUUGUGCCAAGUUCUUCUUCCCACUUCGUAUUCAUCAGAGCUGAUCCAAGUUCUGCACCCAAGUUCACUUUUGUAUUCCUGCAAAGUUACAUAGAAUUCAACAACACAGUUUUUCGUAGUUAGAUUGUUAUAAAAAGGCCCACAGCAUUGCCACAGAGCUUAUAAUUCACCAAUCUGAGAGCAUUUUCAUCCAGAUUCAUCCUAUAAAUCAUGACAACACACCAGUAGUGAAGAUCAAUUUAGAAUUCAUCCUCAUGUAUUGCCAAAAUCACAACACAGGUUGUUUUUAUGGACUCCAUGUCUUUCUCCUGUAGAGAUCUGAAAGUGGUAUGUGUAAAUCAGUGGAAUGAGAGGACUCCAUUGUAGUCUUGCCUUAUUUAUAUGACAUGUCAAAAACCCUGCUUUAUAUUUUGUAAUUUUGUUAUAAGAAUUCCUGUAUGAGAUUUCUGUCUCCUGUGUAUGGAUAGUUCCCUGCUUUAUAUUUUGUAAUUUUGUUAUAAGAGUUCCUGUAUGAGAUUUCUUGUCUCCUUCGGUGUAUGGAUAGUUAUUGUGCUGGUGAUUUGUUAAUCUAUGUAGAGUGCUGUGGAUUCCUGAUGUUACACCAGGGCUUACAAUUCACGGAGUUGACAUUCAGUGUCACUUCGUGUGAAUACUACACUCCGAAGGAUGUUAAUCUUUUUGAAUUAAUGGUAAAUGAAUAACAGUGAGAGUUUUAAGUUUGUGAGAGAGGCAUCUUGUGAAUUAACGAGAAUAUUAGUUGCUUUCGUAUAAAAGGAAUCCACAGCACUGUACUUGAUUUGUCAAAAUGCAUGUCAAUAUUCUAGUCUACUAAAAGUAUUAAUUUUGCUAACAAAGUAGCUGCUCCACAGUAGUUCUGUGUAGAGUUUAGUACACAUGUACUGAGGAAGAGAAUAUAGAUCAAAAUGAGCACAGUAAUUUAUUUCCAAUUUAUGUAAAUUUGGAUGCAGGCAGUGUUACUUAUAAAUACAACAAUGUCAGGAUCCUGAAAGGGCCAUGUGUGGUAUAAAUAGGUACUUAUAUCCUCACAGAAAAGAUUUCUUAUUUUGAGCUCCUUUGACUGGUUGACUGAGAUAAGAUCAACUUGUUUACCAUGGUAACCAUAUUUGUAACAAAUGAAAUGUCCCUCUAAGCAUUGUUCCUUGAUGUAGUGGUCUGAAUUUCAAUAUGGCCACCAUAGCUAUAAUUGGCUGAAAUUGAUUCUCAUCCAGGUAAGCGAUUCAGUCCCCAGAAAACCUCUUGUUCACAAAUUAUUAAGUCUGUGUCAGCAUCGUCAGUGUCUGUAAACAAUUACAUUUUUAUCUUCCUGCAGACUCGGUCAUCAUACUUGGUACAAAUUUUCCCCUAUUUGUCCUCCACAGGUUUUUUUUUUCUUUACGUUUUGAAGUGAUCCAAAUUUCACUGUGACUGCCAUAGCUUUAAGUCAACUGAGACAAAAUCAACAUCUUCUCCAGAACAGCUGCAUUGCCAGUCACCAUAUUUGUACAAAUGUUCUUUCAAGUCUUUUAACUUUUUGGAGUGAUCAAAAUUCUAAUAUGGCCUACAUGACUUUUGAUUGGUUGAAGUCCAAGUGUGGGGAGCAAUUCAAGAAUUGUUAGAUACAUUGUAUAAACUAUAACAGACAGAUAGAUGGCCGAUAUAAACUAUGACUUUGGAAGAGUUGGACUUGGAAUUCUUUAGAUACUAGAAAAUGUUAAAACAUUGCAUUCUUUAUUGUGGUGUAUCCUUGAAGGUCACAUCAGCAGCAGAAGGUAAAUGUUUAUUUCAGCAGCAGCACAAAAUGUUUUCCAAUAGAAAACCAUUCAAAUGAAUCACUAGUGCUGUUAUGUAACUAGAAGCAGCACCAGUUUUUAUUGCAUUUUAAUUUUUUUUAAAAAGAGUAAAAAAAAUUCUUAGUCCAGGGAAUGAAGAUAACAGAAUGGUAUAGAACUAAAUAAGAUUUGGAAGUUUGGCUUUAUUUAGGAGUUGUGUGGGGCUUUACACAGUUCUUUGUAUCUUGUAUGGCAUGUCUCUCUUACAAUGUAUGUUACAUGAAGUAGCAAUUAGAGAUGCUCAAAGGGAGAUAAAUAAUUAUUAUUAGUAUUAAUGGCAUUGUAACAAAUCCAGUCUAGUCAAUAUUUCAAGACAAUUAUAACUAUACCUAGAUAAAAUUGUGCUCACUACACCAACAAGAAACUGAAUGUCACACUUGUACAAAACUUUAAUAUUCAAAGAAUGUUUUUAAAAUGUCUCAAUGAAUUUUUAUUGGAAGAUCUGGGACCAAAUCAAACAGUUGGAAUUUUACUAAUUUAGAUUUAAUUUUUAGUACACAGCUGCUGUGUAUUAAGAAUAUAGAAAAAUUUGUUUUAGUAUUAUUAUUUUUAUAUUUUUUUUCUACAAAUACAGUCUACUCUGGAAUUAUUGAAAUUCAGGGGACCGACCUGAAUUGUUCAUUAUAUCUCAAGUUCAAUAUAACAGAUGAUGAACUAUAUAAUGUUUUACUUCAGUAUAAUUGAUAGUUCGAUAUAAAUGACUUCAGUGUACAUGGAGUAGACUGUAUUUGGAUUUUGUGGCUUCAGCUUUCUGUAGUUGUUAUCUCAUUUUUGUGAUAUAUAAAAAACAAGUUUUGAUAUGUGCUUGUGAAGGGCUUAGUUAUUUAGCUCAUAGUAUUUUUUUUUUUGAAUUGUAUUGAUUUUUUUUUUUUGUAAGUGAACAUGACUGCAAGUUAUGUGGUUGCACCAGUGCAGUUUUGAUUGCUAAGAAAAGUGUGUUUUAAUGCUUGUUAUUGUAUUGCCUGUAGUGAAAGUUGAAUUUUGUGUAUAAAUGUCAAACAUUUUCACUUUUAAUGUGGUAACUUUCAGAAAAUUAUUUAGGACAUACUUUAGUUUGGAAUUUCCUUGUGUAGAAUGCGAUAAUGUAGCAGGGCUUGUGAAAUCAGCAUGUCUAGUCAUACAUUACUUUACAGCUUUUUAUACAAACUUAGUUUUACUGUUUAUAGAGAAAAUUACUAAUGAAAAAAAUGGUCGUGGUGCAGGUGCAUAGUUAUCGACUCAUUCCCUAAAUUUUUGUCAAUUCCUGGUUAAUUUCCACAAAAAUUGGGAUUUCCUAAUAUCAUUUUUCAUACCUUCAGAUAGUAAAAUGUUGAUAGCUAUGCAGCUGUGAAGUCAAUGAAAAGUGAAUAGAUUUAUUAUAAAAUCCUUUACUUGCUUUCAUCUUUGUAAAAAACCAUUCCACACGUUUGUAAACAGUACAUUUAAGUUGACAGUUUGUGUCUUUUUUUCACAGAAUCUCAUGAGAACCCCACAUAAACCUAGUUUGUUUGUCAUUUAGUUGGCUUUUUGUGACAAGGAACAGUUUGCAUAUAGACAAACGGGAUUUUACACAUACAUGUAUUGAAAAACAAUGUUGAUGUAAUAAAGUAUUGUUUCUUGACA